CAUUCUUGGAGGUGAACUUCGCGCGGACUACGUAGCGUGAAAUGGCCGUCCUGUUGAAGUUCCUUACCGCACUGAGCCUGUUCGUGGGCGCGGCCCGCGCUCAGGGCUUCAUGCCGGUGCCUCCGGACGACGGUCCCUGCCCCGUCUUCCCCGUCGUGAAGAAUUUCGACCUCCAUGCGUACCUCGGCCGAUGGUAUGAGAUCGAGCGCUUCUUCAACCCGUUCCAAGACGGCUCCUGCGUCACGGCCGACUACGCGCUCUUCCCGAACGGCAGCGUGUCCGUUCUCAACACUGAUGUUCAGGAAGGUGCAUCAAAUACAAUCGCUGGCGUGGCGACUCUGUCAGAUGACCCGAGCGCUGGACAACUCUUCGUGGAGUUCCCUUUCACCGCUGGCUUCGAUGGAGGCGACUUGGGGGGAAACAAACCUAACUACAAUGUGGUUGCAACCGACUACAAAAACUACGCUGUUGUCUACACGUGUGAAUUUUUUGGACCUGAACUUAAAUUUGAAUUUUCCUGGAUACUGGCUCGUAGACCAUAUAUUCCAAGCUCAUUCUUGGCGGAUCUGAAAGCCUGGCUGCAGCUGGUCAACAUCAAUGCUAAGCGGUACAUGCCCACCGUGCAAACUGACUGUCCGAAUCGAGUAGCAUCUUAGGACGCAAAACUUCUUGAGAUAUUUAUGUUCAGAUAAUAAUUGUCUUUCUAUAGAUAAUAGGUUUGUGAUCUGGAAAGACAGUAAGUGGAGCAUGAUAUGAAAUGAACGCAUUCGUCAUACUUACAGUUCGUGCAACGUAAACCGUAGAUUAAUUUACUUCAGAGUUCAAUAAAAUUAUUAAAACACGAAACUGACUUGGGUAACUUGUCACAAUGGUAAUAAAUGGAUAACGCAUG